UGCGCGUGCGUGUGUGAGUGCAGGCAAAUCAGAAACAUACACACACACACACACACACUGACUUCCUGCUCCAGCUUCUCUUCGCUUCUCUAGUUUGCCAGAAUGAGUUACCCCGGUUACCCUGGUUACCCACCUCAGGGUGGUGGUUAUCCUCCACAGCAGCAGGGUGGGGCUGGUUACCCUCCUCAGCAGCAGCAGGGUGGGUACCCUGGGUACCCUCCGCAGGCGGGCGGUUUCCCAGCAGGGGGUGGAUUCCCUCCACAACAGCCAGGUGGUUACCCCGGCUACCCCGCUCAGGGAGGUGGUUACCCCGGGUACCCUGGAUUCCCUCAGGAUCAGUCUGGAGGUUUCCCCGGCAUGCCCCAAGGUGGAUGGGGAGGGCAGCCCGGCUUUGGAGCUCCUGCAGGAGGGAUGCCACAGGGGUAUCCUGGAGGUCAGAUGCCAGGGCAACAACCCAUGCCCGGUUACCCUGGAGGUGCUCCUGCCCCAAACCCCUCGUAUCCCAGCAUGCCUGGCUUUGGUGGACCAGCUGGACCAGUUGGACCUGCUGGACCAGCUGGACCUGCAGCACCAGGGGCACCUGUAGCACCUGCUAUUAACCGUGGAUUUCGCGGCACCAUAAAGGACGCCCCCGGUGCCGACCCGCUCCGAGAUGUCGAGGUUCUCCGCAAGGCCAUGAAGGGCUUCGGCACUGAUGAGAACGCCAUCAUCGAGUUGCUAGGGAACCGCUCCAACAAGCAGCGUGUGCCGAUGGUCAAGGCUUACAAGACCACUUAUGGGAAGGAUCUGAUCCAUGAUUUGAAGUCAGAGAUCUCAGGGAAUUUUGAGGACCUUGUGCUGGCGAUGUUGAAGAGCCCAUGCGAGUACGACGCCUACGAGCUCCACCACGCUAUCGCCGGUGCAGGGACAGAUGAAGCAUGUCUGAUUGAGAUUCUAUCAUCUCGCAACAAUGCUGAGAUUCAGGAGAUCAACCGUAUUUAUAAAGCAGAAUACGGCAAAACUCUAGAGGACGCCAUCACCCAUGACUGCUCGGGUCACUUCCGCAGGCUGCUGAUCUCUCUGUGCCAGGGAAAUCGAGACGAGAGGGAGAACGUGGACAUCUCUAUGGCCAAGCAGGACGCUCAGGCCCUCUACAAUGCAGGAGAGAAGAAACUCGGGACAGACGAGUCUCAGUUCAAUGCCAUUCUGUGUGCACGCAGCAAACCACACCUGCGACAAGUGUUUGUUGAGUACCAGCAGAUGUGUGGUAAGGACAUUGUGAAGAGUAUCUGCGGUGAGAUGCACGGAGAUCUGGAGCAUGGCAUGGUCUCAGUGGUGAAGUGUGUCAGGAACACACCUGCUUUCUUCGCUGAGAGACUCCACAAGUCUUUGAAGGGGAUGGGGACUAAGGACCGUACUCUGAUCCGUAUCAUGGUGAGUCGCUCUGAGAUCGACAUGUUGGACAUCAGACAGGAGUACGUGCGCACCUACGGCAAAUCCCUCUACAACGACAUCUCAGGUGACACCUCUGGUGACUAUAAGAAGCUCCUACUAAAGCUGUGUGGAGGAAGUGAUUGAGUGUACACACACCGAUACACACCAGCGGACACGCACGCACACGCACACACACACACAGUCACUGGUGCUCCCCCAGCCUGGCAUGUGUGAGGUGUGUGUGUGUGUGUGUGUUAAACCAUUAGUUAGAUUUCUACACAGUUUAUUCUGCAUUAGAUCAGCUUGUGAGUCGUGUUUACAGGAAGUACAAUCGUUAUGGCGUUAUAGAGCGUUUAUGUGCCUUUAUACAUCUAUAUAAACUACACAUCAUUUUAUACAUUGUGUGUGUGUGUGUGUGUGUGUGUGUGUGUGUGUGUGUGUGUAAAACUAACCAUCAUAAUAAAGUCUGGUGUCGGAGCAUCACUGUGUACAUUUAUUCAUUCCUGAACUUACACAUUGUUUAUACCUGUCUGUCUCUCUCUCUUUUUCUCUGUCUCAGUCUCAGUCUCAGUCUAGACUUUACAGGAGACAGUAUGUUAAACAUAAAUCUAAUCAUUUCUCCACGUGAUGUAGUGAAUAUUAAAUCUGUCAGUAAACUGAUAAAUAAAACUGUCUGUUUCUAUGACUUUCUGCCUUAAA